AUGGAAAGGAAAUAUUUCCCCAAUUUCGGUGUCCUGGUGCCUCAUCCACCCAGCAAACCUCCAGAGCCCAGCCCUCCAGUUCUAAGUCACAGGCACAGACUCCCUCCAGUCAGAAAAUGCUCUGUGAAUGAACAGAUGGGCAUCUACUCGGAUAUUAUAACUAAACACAAGUUCCAGUCUUUCACAGCGGGACCCACGAUCCAGCAGAGCUCAAGGGGCCGAUCUAUCGUUCAGUAUAGUGAUCCCAACACUACAAAGGCUACAACCUUAAAGACUCCAUCUGACCAGUGCAAGCAAGUUGAAAAGCGAAACCAUAGUCCUACCUCACAGCAAUCCUACAUUUCUUACUUCCCCCGGGGUGGAGAUUCACCAAAGGUCCAGAUACCUUACCAAACAGCUCCUGGUCAGGUCCCGCGCAAGUUAGAGAUAGAGAGACGUCGAAGGGAAUAUUUGAAGUUAGAUAUUGAGCAGCUCCUCGCAGAACAAGGCAUCUACUCCAAUCUUUUAAUGCCAACACAUCAGAACGGCAGUGUUGAUCAUGAGACUACAACAGACAACCCUGUUUCACCCUACUUAUCCCUGGAAGUAUUUGACAAUGAGGACUUUGACUGCCGGAAUCCAGGAGACUGGCUUGCCCUUGGCAAUGCUGAGCAAUCACUGGAACGAAAACCUAUCCCUGCAAAAGCUCUGCUGCCUACAGAUGAUGAAAUUAAUUCUGAUGAUGCACAAAGCUCCUCUCUGGAAUACAGCUGGCAUUUAGUUGGGGUUCUUGACUACUGUAAGGAGAAAUGCCAGUACCUUGUACAGAAAGUUCAUCAGAACAGUCAACUGACAGAUGAAAAGGGCAGUCCUAUUCUAAAAGAGGAACACAAAAAGAGCAAAUCUUCUGGAUUCAACACCAUGCUAGCAGGUACUAUGUUCUGGGUACCCAGGAUCAGAUUGUUUUUCAGUGCUGAGGACCCUCGUGUCUUUGUCAAACGGAUCCAGUUUGCCCUACGCUGGCGGGAAAACACAGAAGCUCUGCUUCUCUAUCACUUGUCUGUGGACUGCUUGCCAACCUGGAAGGGAACACCAUCUCCCGAUACCAACGCUCUCCAGCGUAUUAAAAGACUCACACUUUCAGCCCCUGGGCUCAGACUGAAACUUUUGGAGAAGUCUAUUGGGGAUCUGGAGAAGGAGCUCAAACUGGAUUAUGAGUGUACAAUGAACCGCAUGAGCUUUGACAAAGUUGUGAUGAGCCACCCAGAGGAGUUUUCACACAUCACCAUGCCACAGAAGGGUCCAGAAUAUGUACCCCAAACAGGGCGUGUUCCAGUUCCCAAAUUUCCAUAUGAGAAGUAUCGAAAUGCUUUUUUCUUCAAGUCCCUGCUAACAAAAGUGGAGGUGAUCCGUGUGUUAUCUGCAAUCUGGUCUGAGUGUAACAAAGUAGCAAACAUGAGGCUGUUCAAUAUCAGCUCCAUCAGACCACUGCGACUGCAAGAGUUUGAAGUCAUUCAGGCCGAAAUGCAUACUCAGAUAAGCUUGUUUCUUAGGGAGGGAUGGAUGGUCCCACUGAGCAACUGUAUCCGUUCCAACCUGGAGAGUUUUGGCCAUGGCACUUACAACGUGGACGAGCCUCGCUGGGAGAUGUACAAAAUGUCCAAGCUGUACAGAUUGAUGGUUGUGGUGCGCUAUAACCUGCAGGACUCCCUGCGCUACCUUGUGCAGGACUCGCUGCUCCACCUGACUGAGUUUCUGUUAAACGCUUGCUACAGUGUGCUGACAUGUCCUCAGGACCUGGUCUGGGGGGACAACCUCAUCACUAGCCCUUAUAAGUCAAAAAAGACCCCGAUGUUAUUGGUGGACUUGGUCCUGGAUCAGACUGGGGUUCAUUACAGCACUCCCCUAGAGAACUUUACGACAUCCAUGGUCAACCUGUUCGAUAAGGCCAUAUUUGCGACUUACAACGUACCGCAGCUUGAUAAGUUUGUCAUGAAGAACAUGUUCGUCGGUGGGGAUCCGUUGCUUGAGUCAGUGAAUCUCUGGGAACCAGUAAUAAUUGAGCUGAGAGAAAAGGUCCGCAAUGCUCUGAUGCAAGCAGUCAUACCUCUCAGGGCCUAUGCUGCUGAGUAUGAGAAAUACUUAGAUUUACACAACCUGGACAUAGAAACCCUUCUCAAAUCUCAUGCGAAGACAGAACAGACAUCCCAGGAAGUGAAGAGAGAGGUGGAACAACAUCUCAAAGACAAGGACACACUCGAGCACUCUCUGCCGUCCUCCAUUGUAAUUGGUCCAUUUCAUGUUCGUGUGGAGGGUGUACGUCAGGCUCUCUUCAACAAAAAAAAGGCUUUAGCCAAUACAAUGCUGGCCCGCCUCACUGGGAAGCUACAAAAGCAGGUUGAUAAUGCUUGUGAAGAGUACAACACAAUAAGUAGAAAGCUGCGUGAGAAACUCAACAGCAUUGAGGAGCUGAGUGAAAAGAGGGACUGGAUGAAGCAAAUCCCAGACCAGCUCAAGAGUUACAAGGAACUUAUCGGAAAGACCCUGUCAGACUAUGAGCUAAUAGAAGAGCUUCGCUACUCUCUUCCAAAUGAGGAUGUUAAUAAAAAGUGGACAGCUAUUCGAUGGCCUCAAAAGAUAAUAAGCCAGAUGGAAGCAGCAGUCGUCCAGCAUUCGGAGGAUGAGCAGCGCUUCCAUAAGAUUCAGCUGGGCGACCAGAACAGCUUGGAGGAGCAGCUCGACUCGCUUAAGAUGCUGGUUGCUGGGUUUGCCUGUCAUGAAGACAUCGAUCAUGCCCAUGAGGUUGCCAACGAAGUGAGGCGUACCAGCAAGCAACUGAAGGAGUGUCAGACAAUGGCUCAGACCUUCAACACCAGAGAGCGUCUGUUUGGUAUUCCUGUCACUAAUUAUGACCGGCUGCAGAAGCUGAUAAAGGACUUCCAGCCUUUUAAGGACCUUUGGUCCUCCACCUCUGAUUGGCUGCGUUGGCAUGAGAGCUGGCUCAAUGACCCACUGUCUUCCAUAGACUCCGAGCAACUGGAGCGCAAUGUUACAGAUGUGCACAAGAUCAUGAACAAAUGUGUUAAACAGUUCAAGGACAUUCCUGGCUGCCAGAUGGUUGCAUCUGCGAUCUGCAUCAAAAUCCAGGACUUCCAGCCGUACAUUCCUCUGAUUCAGGGCCUGAGGAACCCGGGGAUGAAGAACCGUCACUGGGAGAUGCUUUCAGAACGCAUUCAGAUGAAGGUCAAGCCCAAAGCCAACCUCACCCUCUCUCGAUGCCUGGAGCUUGGCCUACAGAACCACACAGAGGACAUAGCUCAUGUGGGCGAGGUGGCAGGGAAAGAGUACACCAUUGAACAGGCCCUGGAUAAGAUGGAAAAUGAGUGGUCGACGAUAGUCUUUGACGUGUUGCCCUACAAGGACACAGGCACCUACAUCCUGAAGAGCCCAGAUGAAGCUUCACAGCUGCUGGACGACCACAAUGUCAUGACGCAGAGCAUGUCCUUCUCUCCCUUCAAAAAGUCCUUUGAGAGCCGUAUCAACACCUGGGAGAGCAAGAUCAGAAUGACUCAGGACGUGCUGGAGGAGUGGCUGACAUGCCAGCGCUCCUGGCUCUACUUAGAACCCAUCUUCAGCUCUGAUGAUAUCAACCAGCAGCUGCCUGUGGAGGGAAAAAGAUACCAGCAAAUGGUUCUAAUGUGGAAGGCUGUCAUGAAAAGUGCCUUUAAAAAUCCAAAGGUGAUUGAGCUGUGCCCAGAUGCUCGGCUACUAGAGAAACUGAAAAAGUGCAACGAACUGCUGGAGCAGGUGCAGAAGGGUCUUAGUGAAUACUUGGAAACAAAAAGAGGCUCCUUCCCCAGGUUUUACUUCCUGUCAGACGAUGAACUCCUGGAGAUUCUGUCCCAGACCAGAGAUCCUACUGCUGUACAACCUCACUUGCGCAAAUGCUUUGAAAACAUUGCACGGCUUCAAUUCCAGUCAGAUCUACAGAUCACACACAUGUACUCUGGAGAAGGGGAGGAGGUGAAGCUGGCCCUGCCGGUGUGGCCAUCUGGGAAUGUGGAGAGUUGGCUCAGAGAAGUGGAGAAAUCUAUGAAGGCGACACUGAGUGAUAACAUUAACCGCUCACUCCAAGUUUACCCCGAGGUCUGAGACCCUCACUCAAUUAUAUGUUCGCUGAAACCUCGUACAGAGUGGGUGUUAUCGUGGCCUGGUCAGGUGGUGAUAGCCGGUUGUCUGGUCUUCUGGACCAUUGAGGUGUCCGAGGCUUUGGAGAAGGGAGACUUAGCGGACCGCCUUUAUCCCCAACUACAGACACAGCUGGGGGACUUGGUGCAGCUGGUGAGAGGACGUCUUUCUAAGAUGCAGCGGGCGGUGCUGUCUGCCCUCAUCGUCAUAGAGGUCCACGCUAAGGAGGUUGCAGCCAAACUGGUGGAGCUGAAGGUCUCUAGUGUCAACGACUUUGAGUGGAUCAGCCAGCUCAGAUAUUACUGGGCAAAAGAUGACUUGUACAUCCGGGCAGUGAAUGCAGAGUUUUUGUACGGAUACGAGUACCUUGGUAACUCGGGACGUCUGGUCAUCACCCCGCUCACUGACAGAUGCUACCUGACCCUAACAGGAGCUCUACACCUUAAGUUCGGAGGGGCUCCCGCAGGUCCAGCAGGGACAGGGAAGACAGAAACCACUAAAGAUCUGGGGAAGGCGCUGGCUAUCCAGACGGUUGUUUUCAACUGCUCUGAUCAGCUGGACUUCAUUGCUAUGGGCAAGUUUCUCAAAGGACUGGCCAGCUCCGGGGCCUGGGCAUGCUUUGAUGAGUUUAAUCGUAUUGAUGUGGAGGUGCUGUCUGUUGUGGCGCAACAGAUAACCACCAUACAGAAGGCCCAACAGCAAAGGGCCGAGCGGUUCAUGUUUGAGGGGGCGGAGAUCCCUCUUGUCCCGUCUUGCGCCGUGUUCAUCACCAUGAAUCCUGGUUACGCCGGGCGCACCGAGCUGCCUGACAAUCUCAAGGCACUGUUUCGUCCCGUGGCGAUGAUGGUACCUGACUACGCUAUGAUUGCUGAGAUCUCCCUGUACUCAUUUGGCUUCAGUGAUGCCAAAGUCCUCUCCAAGAAGAUCACCACCACCUUCAAGCUCUCCUCCGAACAGCUCAGCGCUCAGGAUCAUUAUGACUUUGGUAUGAGAGCAGUGAAGACUGUGAUCUCAGCUGCUGGAAACCUCAAGAGGGAAAAUCCUGAUAUGAACGAGGAGCUGAUCUGUCUGCGAGCCAUCCAGGAUGUCAACGUACCAAAGUUUCUACAGGACGACCUGAAGCUCUUCAACGGUAUUGUGUCCGAUCUUUUCCCAAAGACAAAACAGGAGCCAAUCGACUACGGCACACUGGAAGAGUCCAUGCGUGAUGUCUGCACCAAGAAGAAUCUCAAAGAUGUGGAUGGGUUUAUUUUUAAGUGUAUUCAGCUGUAUGAGACCACUGUGGUGAGACAUGGCCUGAUGUUGGUGGGACCCUCUGGAUCCGGUAAAACCAAGUGUUAUGAGAUUCUAGGUGCGGCAAUAACAGCUCUGAAGGGCCAGCCCUCUGUGAGCGGUGAUGUGUAUGAAGCGGUUCAGAUAUACGUCCUCAACCCCAAGUCUAUCACCAUGGGACAGCUGUACGGGGAGUAUGACCUGCUCACACACGAGUGGACAGAUGGCAUCCUUUCGUCUGUUAUCCGUGCCGGGGCGUCAUCCAUGGACACUGUGAAGAAGUGGUAUAUGUUUGAUGGGCCAGUGGAUGCAGUUUGGAUUGAGAACAUGAACACUGUGCUGGAUGACAACAAGAAACUGUGCCUCAGCUCUGGGGAAAUCAUCAAGCUCAGUGAUGUGAUGACCAUGAUGUUUGAAGUGCAAGACUUGGCGGUGGCCUCCCCAGCCACGGUGUCUCGCUGCGGUAUGGUCUACCUGGAGCCCAGUGUUCUGGGCCUCGUCCCUUUCACAGAGUGUUGGCUGAAGCGAGUCCCUGAAGCCCUGAAACCGUUCACAGAGCAGCUCAACUCGCUUUUUGCCAGGUUCCUGCAGGACUCCAUCACAUUUGUCCGCGCAUCUGUAAAGGAGGUCGUCACAUCCCUGGACAGCAACCUCACCUGCAGCCUGCUUAAAGUUAUGGACUGCUUCUUCAAUCCCUUCAGCACUAAAGAGGAUGAGAGGCCACCGCCCAAAAAUAAAUUGGAGCGUCUACAGGAGCUGAUUGAGCCGUGGUUCUUCUUCUCUCUGGUGUGGAGUGUGGGAGCCACGGGAGACGCAGCCAGCUGUAAGCGCUUCAGUGCCUGGCUCAAGAAGAAGAUGGCGGAGGAAAAGAUUCAGUUAUGCUUUCCAGAGGAUGCGCUGGUGUACGACUAUCGGCUUGAUGAUGCUGGCAUUAGCAACUUUGAGGAGGAUGGUGAAAAUGAGGGGAAAAAAGUCCAGUGGGUCAGCUGGAUGAAAAAUGCAAAGAGUGUUGUAAUCACCCCAGAGACAAAUUAUGCUGACAUCAUCGUUCCCACUGCUGACACCGUGAGGAUAUCUUUCCUCAUGGAUAUGCUUCUGACCAAUAAAAAACCUGUGCUCUGUAUUGGGCCGACUGGCACUGGAAAGACUCUGACCAUGUCCGACAAGCUGCUGAAGAACAUGCCCACUGAAUUCAUCACACACUUCGUCAUGUUCUCGGCACGCACCUCGGCCAACCAGACUCAGGAUUAUAUUGACAGUAAACUAGACAAAAGGCGGAAAGGUGUGUUUGGACCUCCAAUAGGAAAGUACUUCAUCUUGUUCAUUGAUGACCUGAACAUGCCCAUGUUGGAGACCUAUGGUGCUCAGCCUCCUAUUGAGCUGCUGAGGCAGUGGAUGGACCAUGGAGGCUGGUAUGACAGGAAACAGAUAGGGACAUUCAGGCACAUAGUGGACAUAAAUUUUGCCUGUGCGAUGGGACCCCCAGGCGGAGGCCGAAACCCCAUCACCCAGCGCUUCACACGCCACUUCAACCUCCUGUCCUUCACUGAAAUGGACGAUGCCAGCAAGAAAACAAUUUUCUCCACCAUUCUGGGCAGUUGGAUGGAUGGAAGUAUGAGUAAGAGAGAACCAGGCAGACCUGUGCCAGCCAUCCAGCCUCUGAAUGAGUCUCUCGUAGACGCUACUAUCCGAGUUUACUCCACCAUCACCUCCCAGCUCCUCCCUACUCCGACCAAGUCCCAUUAUACCUUCAACCUCAGAGACCUGUCCAAAGUCUUCCAGGGCGUCCUCAUGGCUGAGGCUGGAAUGAUAGAGGACAAAUUGCAGCUGCUGCGGCUGUGGUACCAUGAAAGCUGUCGGAUUUUCCGAGACCGCCUGGUGUGUGUUGAAGACAGGGACUGGUUCAACAGGCUCCUGCAGGACUGCAUUCAGGACUUUGACUGCAACUUUGAGGAGGCUGUGCCCUGCCAGCCCAUUCUGUAUGGAGAUUUCAUGAAUCCUGGAGCUGACCGCAAAGUCUACACACUCAUAGAAGAUAAGGAACAGUUGGCGAAAGUGAUGGAAAAAUACAUGGAAGACUACAACCAAUUCAGCACCACCAAGAUGAAGCUGGUGCUCUUCAUGGACGCCAUCGAGCACGUGUGCCGUAUCAGCCGCAUCCUGCGCCAGCCUCUGGGCAAUGCCCUGCUGCUCGGAGUGGGGGGGAGCGGGCGCCAGUCGCUCACUAAGCUGGCGUCACAUAUGUCAGAUUAUGAGUGUUUCCAGAUUGAGCUUUCGAAGAACUACGGUCAGACAGAGUGGAGGGAUGAUAUUAAAAGCAUCAUGCUGAAGGCUGGCCUUGAGAACCUGCAGAUCACUUUCCUCUUUGUGGACACACAGAUAAAGAAUGAGUCGUUCCUGGAGGAUAUCAACAACAUUUUGAACUCCGGGGAUGUUCCCAACCUGUAUGCGUCAGAUGAGCAGGAGCGCAUCCUUGCAGCCAUGAAGCCGGUGGUGCAGGAACUGGGCCAGCAGCUGUCUAAACCCAACCUCAUGGCCGCCUACAUAAGGAGGGUCCGCAGCAACAUCCACACUGUACUCUGCAUGAGUCCUAUCGGUGAGGUGUUUCGUGCGCGGCUGAGGCAGUUUCCCUCCCUGGUGACAUGCUGCACCAUCGACUGGUUCAGCGCCUGGCCGGAGGAGGCUCUGCAGGCUGUGGCUUCAUCAUUCCUCAAUGAGCUGCCUGUGCUAGAAGCCAGCCCCACAGCCAUGAGGGGACUGACAUUGAUGUGUGUGGAGAUCCACCAGAUGGUAGCCAGGAAGUGUGAACAGUACCUGGCCGAGCUUUCCAGGCACAACUACGUCACCCCCAAGAGCUACCUGGAGCUGAUGAAAAUCUUCUCCGAUCUCACUGUGCGCAAGAAGCAAGAACUGUGCAGUGCUCGCCAGCGCAUGAAGACCGGCCUGGAUAAGCUCCUCAGCACAGCAGAUGAUGUGAGUAAGAUGCAGGAGGAGCUAGGGACGAUGAGACCGCUUCUGGAGGAGGCCACCAAGGACACUGAAGUCACCAUGGAGACCAUCAAAAAAGACACGAUCGUUGCAGAGGAUACCCGGAAGUUGGUGCAAGCAGAAGAAGCCAAGGCCUCGGAGAAAGCACGUUUUGCAGGAGCCAUCGCAGCGGACGCCCAGAGAGACUUGGACGAGGCGCUGCCAGCGCUCGACGCUGCGCUCGCCAGCCUCAAGUCCCUCAACAAGAAUGAUAUCACUGAGGUGCGAGGCAUGCAGCGACCUCCCCAGGGGGUGAAGCUGGUUAUUGAGGCAGUAUGCAUCAUGAAGGGCAUCAAACCCAAAAGGAUACCUGGAGAGAAGCCUGGCACCAAGGUGGACGACUACUGGGAGCCUGGUAAGGGUCUGUUACAGGACCCUGGCAAGUUUCUGGAGAGCCUCUUUAAGUACGAUAAGGAAAACAUCCCAGAGAGCGUGAUCACUUUAGUCCAGCCCUACAUAGAUAAUGAGGAAUUCCAGCCUUCCAACAUUGCCAAAGUUUCCAAAGCCUGUACCUCCAUUUGCCAGUGGGUGCGAGCCAUGCACAUAUAUCACUUUGUUUCCAGGGGAGUGGAAGGAAAAAGGAAAGCCCUCAACGAGGCCCAGGAGGACUUAGAUGCAACGCAGCGGAUCUUGGAUGACGCCAAUGAAAAGCUGGCAGUGGUCCAGGGCGGCAUUGCUACUUUGCAGGCCAAGUACCAGGCCUGUGUGGCCAAGAAAGAUGAGCUGGACAAGAAGUAUCAGCUGUGUGAGGCCCGUCUCGUCCGAGCAGACAAGCUUAUCGGCGGACUGGCAGAUGAGAAAGUGCGUUGGAAGGAAACAGUGCAACAUCUGGAUUACAUGGUCAAUAAUGUGGCAGGCGAUGUUCUUCUGUCUGCUGGAUACCUCGCAUACCUGGGACCCUUCACUGGAGAGUACAGGGCAGCCAUGGCUGAGGAGUGGCUGCAGUGUUUCAAAAAGCUAAAUGUUCCACACACUGAUGAACCGAACCUGAUCAACACCUUCGGAGAUCCUGUCAAGAUCCGCUCAUGGCAGAUAUCAGGACUGCCCAAGGAUAACCUCUCAGUGGAGAACGGUGUGAUUACUCAGUACUCUCUGCGCUGGCCUUUAUUCAUCGAUCCUCAGGGACAGGCCAACACUUGGAUCAAACACAUGGAGCAGGACAGUAGAUUGGAGGUCAUUAAGUUAAGUGACCGGGACUUCCUCCGCAGUCUUGAGAACGCCAUUCGCUUUGGCAAACCCUGCCUCUUGGAGAAUAUAGGAGAGGAGUUGGAUCCUGCCCUAGAGCCUGUCUUGCUGCAACAAACAUUUAUUCAGAGAGGCAGCACCAUGCUGAAGCUGGGGGACACGGUCAUCCCUUACCAACAAGGCUUCAAGAUGUACAUCACCACCAAGCUGCCCAACCCCCACUACUCUCCAGAGGUGGCCACCAAAGUCACUCUCAUUAACUUCACCCUGUCACCAAGCGGUCUAGAGGACCAGCUGCUGGGCCAGGUGGUGGCUGUGGAGCGUCCAGACCUGGAGGAUGCUAAGAACCAGCUGAUCAUCAGCAACGCCCAGAUGAAACAGGAGCUGAAAGAAAUUGAGGAUGAAAUCCUGUUCCGACUCAGCUCUACUGAGGGAAACCCUGUGGAUAACGAGGAGCUCAUCCAAGUGUUGGGAGCAUCAAAGAUCAAAGCUGGAGAGAUCAAGGCCAAAGUGAUUGUGGCAGAGCAGACGGAGCAGGACAUUGAUGCCACCCGUCUGGAGUACGUGCCAGUGGCUGUGCGCACACAGAUCCUCUUCUUCUGUGUGUCGGACCUGUCCAAUGUCGACCCCAUGUAUCAAUACUCACUGGAGUGGUUCCUGGGCAUCUUCAUGGCCGGCAUUGCCAACUCUGAGAAAUCAGACGCGGUGGAGAAGAGGAUCGCCAACAUCAAUGAAUUUUUCACCUUCAGCCUGUACAGCAAUGUGUGCCGCAGCUUGUUUGAGAAGCACAAACUCAUGUUCGCCUUUCUGCUGUGCGUUCGCAUCAUGAUGAAUGAGAACAAAAUUGAUAUGGCUGAGUGGCGUUACCUGCUGUCUGGAGGGAUGCCCGUCCAGGAGCUGACAAACCCAGCAGUGAGUUGGCUGUCAGAGCGCGCCUGGCAGGACAUUCUUUGCCUCAGCGCUCUGGACAACUUCACAAACCUGGCGGAGAGCUUCCCCGAACAUCUGCAGGGUUUCAGGAGAAUAUUUGACAGCAACCAGCCUCACAGGCAUGCAAGAAAACUCCUUGUUAACAAAUGGACACUUGUUUCCUUCAUUUGUACUGUGCAGUUACAGUCAAUGUCUAACAAGAGGCUGUUGGUGCUGCGCUGUCUGAGGGCCGACCGUCUCGUUCAAGGCCUGCAGGACUUUGUCUCGGCUCAGCUGGGACAACGCUUCAUAGAGCCUCAGACGUCAGACCUGUCCUUGGUCUUCAAGGAGUCCUCCCUCUCCACCCCUCUCAUCUUUGUCCUCUCCCCUGGCACAGACCCCGCUGCUGACCUCUACAAGUUUGCGGAUGUCAUGCAGUUUUCCAAGAAAAUGAGUGCCAUCUCUCUGGGCCAGGGCCAGGGCCCCUGGGCAGAGAAGCUCAUGCUAGCUGCUAUGGAGAGAGGUCAUUGGGUCUUCUUCCAGAACUGUCACCUGGCGCCCAGCUGGAUGCCCGCCCUGGAGGGUCUCAUUGAAAACAUCAACCCAGCAAAGGCUGCACACCUCAAGUCUUUGCUCCUGUCUCUGUGUCUCUUCCAUGGAAUCUCUCUGGAGCGAAGGAAGUUUGGCCCACUGGGUUUCAACAAUCCCUACGAGUUCACUGACGGAGACUUAAACAUCUGCAUCAGCCAGGUCAAAAUGUUCCUGGACGAGUACCAGGACGUCCCAUACAAGGUGCUCAAAUAUACGGCCGGGGAGAUAAAUUAUGGCGGCCGUGUGACAGAUGACUGGGACAGACGAUGCCUGCUCAGUGUGCUGGAGGAUUUCUACUGUCCCGCUGUGCUCGAAGAAAAUCACUUCUACUCUUCGUCUGGAGUGUACCGGCAGAUAGACACCAAUCUGGAUAUCAAGGGUUACCUGGCAUACAUUCGUGGUUUGCCCAUCAAUGAUACACCUGAGAUCUUUGGUUUCCAUGACAACGCUAACAUCAGCUUUGCCCAGAACGAGACCUUCGCCCUGCUGGGAGCCCUGGUUCAUCUCCAGCCUCGAGCUGCAUCCACUGGGGGCAAAUCUCAGGAGGAGGUAGUGGAGGAGAUCGUUGCAGGCAUUGUGGAAAAGAUUCCUCGGCCUUUCAACGUUCAGGAGGUGAUGGAAAAGUACCCGGUGCUUUACGAAGAGUCCAUGAACACAGUGCUCAUCCAGGAGGUCAUCAGAUACAACAAGCUGCUGGCGGUCAUCUCUCAGAGUCUCGGAGACAUCGUGAAGGCUCUGAAAGGUUUAGUGGUGAUGUCAUCUGAACUGGAGCUUAUGGCCAGCAGCCUGUUCAACAACGUGGCCUACCCGUCUCUGAAGCCUCUGGCAUCCUGGGUGUCAGACCUGGUUCAGAGGAUCAAUUUCCUGCGGAGAUGGAUCUGUGAUGGCAUUCCACCUGUUUUCUGGAUUAGCGGCUUCUUCUUCCCGCAGGCUUUCCUUACAGGAACCCUCCAGAACUACGCCCGGCGCUCUGGCACCUCCAUCGACACAAUUGGAUUUGACUUUGAGGUGAUAGAGAAGUCGGCGGCAGAGAUAACAGAGAAACCAAACACAGGCUGCUUCAUCCACGGCCUGUUCAUGGAGGGGGCUCGCUGGGAUAAUGAAGUGGGUCAAAUCACAGAAUCCAGGCCAAAGGAGCUCUACACUGAAAUGUCUCUCUUCUGGCUGAUCCCCAAACCCAACCGGAAACCCCCCACCUCUGGGGUCUACAUCUGCCCCAUCUAUAAGACCCUCACACGUGCCGGGACUCUGUCUACCACCGGUCAUUCCACCAACUAUGUGAUGGCAGUGGAGCUGCCUACAGAUCAGAGUCAGAGACACUGGAUCAAAAGGGGAGUCGCACUCCUCUGUGCACUGGACUACUAAAUAAACACACACUGAUUCAUACACAAGAAAAAAAACACCUGUCUUUAUUGAUGACAAUUGCAGUUAUGGUCGCUCAGACUUAAAAGAGACACUUUGCACCUUAUGUCAUUAAAAUGAG